AUGGCAGAUACUGUGCUUGCACCUGCUGACAAGUAUGGCCUGGAGCAUAUGAAUGUCAUGUGCAUUCCAGAAGCAGCAGCCAGCUUCACUACCAAGGACAACUUGGUAGACUACAGGACAUGUGUAGCAUUUACAGAGAAUCUGGAGAAAGACAGUAUGGGGGCUCGAGCCUUUAAUACUGCUGUAAAUGAGUUUAAUGGCAGCUUCGCCUUUUGUACUCCAUCCACCUCUGCUCUGCUUUGGGGGUUUAGGCAACAUCCUCAGUGCCUCACCGGUCUACAGAGCCAUUACUCCUCUGUCAUUGCAGUUACAGUUUGCAUAGCAGAUGACAUUCACCCCACAUGCUCAUGUGGAAAAGGAGAUGUGGAUGUCAACGGGGAAGAAGAAAUAAUAGAGUUAGAGCCUUCAUUUGGGGUAGGUAAUUCUGUGGUUAAUCUAACAGAUUAUCGAAGGUAUUCAAGUACCCAACACCAGUUGCUACAGGAUUUUGUUAGCAAAAGUGUCCUCAUAAUAGAGAACGCUACUGGUCAUCACAGGAAAACAAAUGGACAAGAUCACAUAAGAACAGGUGAAGGCAAACAAAGAUGAGGCUACACAAAAAUCAGCUUCCUGCAAUUCUCCUACAGUUGGACCAUAAGCAACUUCCGUUUCUUCCUGCAGAAAAGCAGGGAUGCCAGUAAAAUCCCAACCAUCUGAUCCGGAGCCAGUGACAAAAACCAGUGGUGUCUGAAAAUACACCCGAACGGGGUCGAUGAAGAGAGCCAGGAUUACUUGUCGGUUUACCUAUCGUUGCUCAGCUGCCCAAAGAGCCCAGUAUGUGCAAAAUUCCACUUUUGGAUCAUCAAUUCCGAAGGAGAGCAAACCCAAGGUAUGACGAGCCUAAGAUUCUAUAUGUUCCAGCAACAUCAACACUGGGGAUUCAAAAAGUUCGUCCGUCGAGAUUUCCUUCUUUCCAGGGAGCCUUGGUUCCUGGAAGACAAUGAGCUGAGCCUCCGGUGCCGGGUGACUGUGGUCAAAGACACCUUCGACAUCCCUGAUGAGGGCACGAAACCAGAGUUCCAGACGCCAAGGUGCACGUUGGCAGAUGAGUUAGGAGAGCUGUGGGAGAAAUCCCUCUUCACAGACUGCUGCCUGGUGGUAGCUGGCCAGGAGUUCCAGGCUCACAAGGCCAUCUUAGCAGCUCGCUCUGCGGUUUUCAGAGCCAUGUUUCAACAUGACUUGGAGGAGAGGAGAACAAACCGCGUUGAGAUCCACGAUCUGGAGCCCCAAGUCUUCGAGGCAAUGAUGGGCUUCAUGUACACCGGAAAGGCACCAGCCCUCCAAGGCAUGGCAGAAGCUGUGCUGGCAGCUGCAGACAAGUACGGCCUGGAUCGGUUGAAGGUCAUGUGCGAGGAUGCCUUGGGCAGGGACCUCUGCGUGGAGAAUGCUGCCCAGACUCUCAUCCUGGCUGACCAGCACACUGCAGGGCAGCUGAAAACCCAGGCACUGCAUUUCAUUACAGCUCAUGCUUCCGAGGUCUCUGAGACCUCAAGCUGGAAGACAAUGGUGGGCUCAUUUCCCCAUUUAGUGGCUGAAGCAUACAGCUCCCUGGCUUCAGCUCACUGCUCCUCACUGGAGCCCCCUCUCAAACGCCUCAAGCAAUCUUAG